AUGUUGGAAAAUUGUUCAAAGCCCAACUUCAGUCCGGCCCAGGCCUCUGACAUACUGAUGAGGCUGUAUGACCUCACGACCUCUCAGAUCCACCCCCUGCCCAGUUAUGAUGAUCAGAACUUCUACGUCUCAUCCACAAACGGAAAUGAGUACGUUCUCAAAAUAUCAAACUCCGAAGACAGCAAAAAUCCCACUGUUAUUGAAGUCCAGACCUUUGCCAUGUCCUUCCUGCACGAGAAUGGGAUUCCAACUCAAAAGGGGAUAUUUACCGUAACAGGACAACUCAUGAGUAUACACGAACUCGAUUGUGGUUUUGGUCUGCAGAAAUACCUUGUACGACUGUUGAGUUAUUUACCUGGAAAAAUCAUAUCCAAGGUUCCUCUUACGCCACAGUUAUUGUAUGAAACUGGUAAGAUGGCUGCUAAAAUCGACAAAGUUUUACAAAAGAUGGAACACCCCAGUAUCAGUGUACUUGACAGAGAUAACUUUAAUUGGAAAUUGUCAAACCUUCCUGCAUUAGAAAAGUCCUUGUUUGUAUUAGAUGGAGAGCGCCUUCAAGAAGUGGUGAAGUCUGUGAUUGGGCUGUUCAAGUCAUUUGUGGCCCCUAAAUACCCCUACUUCAGAAAAUGCAUAAAUCAUGGAGACUUCAAUGACUUCAAUGUGCUUGUCCAACCCGAUAACAAUGGCAUCUACAAGAUUUGUGGCAUCAUCGACUUUGGAGACAUGAAUAGUGGAUUUUACAUUCAUGAGCUGGCUACUGCGAUCAUGCACAUGAUGGUAAUACAUCCAAACCCCAUAGAAGUAGGAGGAGCAGUGCUGGCUGGAUGGGAGAGUGAACUUCCCCUUAAUAAUUCUGAGAGAGACAGUCUGUAUGUACUGGUUCUAUCCCGCUUCUGUCAGACUGUGUGUUACGUUCGACAGUCUCUUCUCACGCAGCCAGAGAAUGAGUAUCUAAUAAUGUGGUCCAAAAGGGUGGAGCAUAUACUCUGGGACUUCUGGAAGCUGAACAAAGAGCAUGUGGAGAUAACAUGGUUUCAUGAUGCUCACCUGCAACAACAGGACCCAUUGUGA